GGGGUUGCCCUAUAUGUUAUUGCUACAUUAUGUCUGAUCUUUGAUCCGCGUUUACAGUAUGCGUUCAUUCUGAGAUGCUCGGUCGCAUAGUUUCGCGUCACAUCUCAAAACUAAAUUUGCAUUCUCGCGUUAUUCAUGGUUCCUGGCAGUUCUUCUUGACAGUUCUCCAACCCAGUAGGGGGUUUGUACAUCGGGUCAUCGUUUCAGGCAACACACGUACAUCUAGGGAUUGCCUCGUCCUAAUGGGACAACACUAACUUUCCAUAUACCUAGUUGAUGUGAAAUGUUGACGUGUGUGAGAAAAAAUGAAUAAGCCCAAAAUGACCACUGAGAAAGGUGUUCCCAGUAACUCCAGGGUGCUAAUGUUGUUGGGCCAGCUGGAGAGGCUGAACAGGGAGGCCAUGCUGGCGGACGCUGAGAUUGGCAGGCAGAUCACUGCCAAAAUCCUCCACCUCAUCCAGACUCAGGAGAAGACACGGAAGGAGAUCAUGUCCAAGGGCUCCAGUGGCAUGGAGGUCAUCCUGGCAACCUUAGAGAACACACAGGAUCUGCAAACUAUCCUGAACAUUCUGUACAUUCUGAAUGAGCUGUUAACUGUGGGUGGGGGGCGCAGGGUUGGUGUGUUUGUGUCCAAGGGGGGCACAGGCAUCCUGCUGCAGCUGGUCCUCAGUGGCAGUAAAGAGUCUCCCCCCAGCGAGGAGCUCAUGCUGCAGCUCCACUCACUCCUGGCCAAGGUUGGACCAAAAGACAGGAAGUUUGGUGUGAAAGCCCGUCUGAACGGAGCUCUGAACGUCACUGUGAACCUGCUCAAACAGAACCUGCAGAACCACAAGCUGCUGCUGCCCUGCUUGCAGGUUCUACGGGUCUACUCCUCCAACUCUGUGAAUGCUGUGUCCCUGGGGAAGAAUGGAGUGCUGGAGCUCAUGUUCAAAAUCAUCGGACCCUACAGCAAAAAGAACACCAGUCUGCUGAAAGUAUCCCUGGACACACUGGGGGCCUUGCUCAAAUCCAAGACGAAUGCCCGGCGGGCGGUGGACCGGGCCCACGUGCCCGUCCUGCUGUACAUCUACCAGGACUGGCACCGCAACGACACGCGCCACCGCCACAUGUUGAUCCGCAAGGGCGUCCUGGGCUGCCUGAAGAACAUCACCAACAUCAAGCUGGGCCGCAAGGCCUUCAUCGACGCAGACGGGAUGAGGAUCCUCUACAACACCUCUACUGAGUGCCUUCCAGUUAGGACUCUGGACCCUCUGAUCAACACCUCCAGCCUUAUCAUGAGGAAGUGCUUCCCCAAGAACCGCCUCCCUCUGCCCACUAUCAAGAGUGUCUUCCACCACCAGCUGCCUCACGUACCGGCAGGAGGGCCCGUCGCUCAGCUCUACAACCAGCCCCUGGGGGUGGAUGACGUGGUGGACGAGAGCGACGAUAACGAUGACGUUGAGACCGAGAACGACACAGAGAACGAGGAGGAGGAUAAGGACCACCACGCCAGGAAUGACGACAUAGAAACGGACAUCAAUAAACUGCGACCCAAAGAGACCCAUAGCAGGCCAUUUGAGGAGCUGAAGAUCUAUGAGAGAUUCUUUCUGGAGCUCUCCGAGGAUUUCCAGAGAUUUAUCUUUGAUAACCCAAAGAGCGGUGUGACGGCCACCCCGGCAGCUCCAAAGUCUCAACGCCCCAUCAUCGUUCCCACCGCCCAGGCCUUGCCCCCAAAAUACCCAACUGCCGCCCCCCUCCAGGAGGAGUGCCACCUGGCCAAAGGUGAACAACCCCACCCUGAAGCAUCUCCUCUGGCCCCAGCCCCCACCCCGGCCCCAGUCCAUACCCUGGACACCAUCAAUAUCACCAAGGACCACGAUGGCUGCUGUGACCACAGCCAAGUCCGACCACAGCCAGGGCUAGAGCAGGAGCUUGUGCAGGGGAUGGAGCGGAUGGCCCUGGAGGGGACUGGGCCUCAGGGUGGGGCAGGGGGUGGAGGAGGAGGGGUCAACAGUCACUAUAGACAACCUCCCCUGCUGGCUGGGGGUGUGGCUGCCCGGCAAGGGGGCGGGGCAGAAGAGACGUUAGCAGAGGAGUGGGCAGAGGAGGAGGGAGGCGAGGGGGCGGUGCUGGAGGUGCCGGACACGGCGUUGCUCCUGCCGCUCCACGACCCUGACCUGUACGUGGAGAUGGUGAAGAGCACACGCUCUGUGCCACAGUACUCAGAGGUGGCCUACCCAGACUACUUUGGCCACGUUGCGCCCACCUUCCGAGAACACAUCCUGGAGAGGGUCUAUGGCGUGCAGAGGACUAAGAUCUUCCAGGACAUUGAGAGGCUGAUCCACCCCAAUGACAUCCUUGAUAAAGUGGUCUACGACUUGGACAUACAGAGUUGCCCGGUGAUUGAUGACGGUGAAUCUCUGAAGUUCAACUCUCAGUUUGAGUCUGGAAACCUGAGGAAGGCUAUUCAAGCCAGAAAGUUUGAGUAUGACUUGGUCCUAAACUCCGACAUCAACAGUAACCACUACCACCAGUGGUUCUACUUUGAGGUGAGCGGCAUGCGCGUGGGAGCGCCCUAUCGCUUCAACAUCAUCAACUGUGAAAAGUCCAACAGCCAGUUCAACUACGGUAUGCAGGUGCUGAUGUACUCUGUUCAGGAGGCCAUUAGUGGCAGGCCCCGUUGGGUUCGCACCGGAACGGACAUCUGUUACUACAAAAACCACUUCUCCAGGAGCUCGAUAGCGGCAGGCGGUCAGAAGGGGAAGUCCUACUACACAAUGACGUUCAGCAUGACCUUUAACCACAAGGACGACGUCUGCUACUUCGCUUACCAUUACCCCUACACCUACUCUACUCUGAAGAUGCACCUUCAGAAGCUGGAGGCGCUGCGGACCCCUCAGAUCUACAUGCGCCAAGACAUCCUGUGUGAGACUCUUGGUGGUAAUAGCUGCCCCCUCCUCACCAUCACCGCCAUGCCUGAGUCCACCAGCAACGACCAGAUCUGCCAGUUCAGGAACCGUCCUCUGGUGUUCCUGUCAUCGCGAGUGCACCCAGGGGAGACCAACGCCAGCUGGGUGAUGAAGGGCACCCUGGAGUUCCUGAUGGGUAGCAGCCCCCUGGCACACAGUCUCAGGGAGGCCUAUAUCUUCAAGAUAGUCCCCAUGCUCAACCCUGACGGAGUGGUCAACGGCAAUCAUCGCUGCUCUCUGAGUGGGGAGGAUCUGAACCGACAGUGGCAGAGCCCCAGCCCUGAGCUGCAUCCUACCAUUUACCACACCAAGAGCCUGCUGCAGUACCUCGCCGCCAUCCAGAGGGCGCCACUGGUGUUCUGUGACUACCACGGUCACUCCCGGAAGAAGAACGUGUUCAUGUACGGUUGUAGUUUGAAGGAGACCGUGUGGCAGACCAACAUCAGCGCCACAUCCUGUGAGCUACACGAGGACCUUGGCUACAGGACUCUGCCUAAGAUCCUGUCCCAGACGGCGCCAGCCUUCAGCAUGGCCAGCUGCAGCUUUGUGGUGGAGCGCUCCAAGGAGGCCACGGCCCGUGUGGUGGUGUGGAGGGAGAUCGGAGUUCAGCGAAGCUACACCAUGGAGAGCACACUCUGUGGCUGUGACCAGGGCAAAUACAAGGGGCUCCAGAUAGGCACCAGGGAGCUGGAGGAGAUGGGAGCCCAGUUCUGUGUGGCUCUGCUCAGGCUGAAGAGACUGACCUCGCCCCUGGAGCUGCGGAACCACGCCCACCUUCUGGACGUGGAGAGUGACCUGAUCGAGACACGUUGCAAAGUCUCCAGCAGCCCGAGUACGUACGUGCUGGAGGACGAAGAGCACUCCUUCAUGGAGGAGGUGGACUACAGCGCAGAGAGUGGCGAUGAACCCGACAACGACCCCGACGCCGCAGACCCCCACGAUAACCGCCUCUCCGACUCCGAGUCCAACAACCACAGAGACUCACUCACCUAGCUCCCCCCACCCCCCUGGCCUUGGUGCAUUAUGGAUAUCACAUCCAUACUUAUCUGCCUUGCAUAUCUCAAACAGAUAUAGAUAGAAUGGUCAGAAGUGUUGUACAACGAAUAGACACAUUAGACAAAUAACACACGUGAACACAAUGGUUUUGGUGCAAUGUCCCCAUUUGUCAUGAAAACGACACAGGUGUUACACACAGAGAAUCUAUAAAUCUCUAUUUACAUAAUGCGUGUCUAUAUGUAAUUAUAUCGUUACACACAAGUUGAAACGGAAUGUACACUGUGGUCGUAUUUACAUAAAGACUGCAGUAUUACACAAUGACCAACUAGUAACAGUAACGCACAAUUAGCAUAACCAGGAAGUUAGCAAGCCAAGUAGAACCAUUUGCACAUGUAGCAAAUCAACAUACAUAUGCAUGAACCCCGAGGUACAGGAGAGAACAAGCCUCACCUAAAAGGUCAGAAGCUCAGCCCAAAGCUGAAGCCGAUGUUGUGGAUCUAUUUUGCGGUACUGAGAAGUACAUGUAUUUCUCCAGUCUGUCUGUAAGCUGGUUUGUCCGCACACUGCAACGGUACUCCAUUUUUACAAAGGUUGUUGCUUUUUGAGAGUAGCAUAAGAUAUUUGUUUUAGUGUUUUUUUUCUUCUCCUAGAUGUAGGUAUUACAUUUCGGUUGCGUAUGUACAGUCAGCGCAUGGCUAUUUAAUGUUAUUUUUGUAAUUUAUUUUGUUAUUUUAUUUGUAAGGUGUGGUAUAUGAGGAAGUGUGUGUGUAUGCGUUUUUGCUAGAUGGAAAUGCUAGUCUACCAUAGUGCAGCCAAACGCUCAAGGUGUUUGUGGGAGUAAAAAAAAGCAACCUGUGCGAAACCUUUUAAUUGGAUUGUAAACACACAUAAGUUGAAGCUUGCUAUGAAAUCAUGGGAAAUAAACGUGAAUGUGAAAAUGUC